GUCAGUGCUGACACUCCGGUGCGCUCGCGCUCUCAGUGACAGUAGAUCUUCGCGCGCGCAGUGUCUGUGUGUUAGUGUUAGUGUGUGUGUGUGUGUGUGUUAGUGUGUGUGUGAGUGUGUGUGAGUUCGGACCCGGAGCCGCGGGACACCGACACGGGAUUAUUGAAACAUUUCUGAUGAAUCCGGACCGACAGUGAGAACCUUCUGCUGCAGCGCGAGCGCACUGUGGAACCGGAAGUGUGGAACAGAGACGAUGGACACACAGAAAAGCCAAUGGGAGGACAGCAGGACGCCACCCUGGCUCACCCGGCGAGUCGAUGGCAGGAGCUCCGCCUCCUCGGGGGCGGAGUCAGACUCAGAGGGCAGCAGCACCGAGAGCGAGAGGGUGACUACCGACCUGCAUCGGGUCACCUGCCCGAGAGCGAGGGGUGGGGCUGUUCUUCCUCCUCCUCAUCCUCAGUCCCUGAGCAGACGCACAAGCGUGGACUCCAAGGCCCUGAGCGCGCAGCGGCGAAUCACAGAGCUCGAUCAGCAGAAGGAGGAGCUAAAGAUCGAGCUGCAGUUGGAGAUUGCACUGUUACAUGGUGAGCUGCAGACAGAGAGAGAGCGUCUGCACAAACACACAGAGCAGCUGCAGAUACUGAGGGACUCCAGACAGAAACCAACUCUCAGCAACACACAGCAGGAGCGGAUAAAGCUGGAGAAGGAGAGGGUGAGGUUGGAGGAAAUGAAGACGAAAUGGAAGGAGAGAGAAAAACUCCUCACUCAGACAGAUGGAAAGAGAGACACAGAGACACAGCUACAGAUACAGCAGGAGAAGGAGUCAUUGGACAGUGCAGUAAAAGUGUUUGAGGACUGGGAGUUUCGUGUCCUCGAGAUGGAGAGCAGUGUGGAGGAGGAGAGGACGGGGGGAGAGACGGAGAGAGAGAUCAGCCGAGAGCAACAUGCCAUCAACAACGCACAGGACCGUGUAAGACAAUUGGAGCAGCAGCUGAAGGAGAUGGAGAAAGAGAAGGAAAAAGAGAUGAGUUCACUGAGAGAGGAGAAGAGAGAACUCCUGCAUCAAACACACCGGAUUUUGAAAGAGAACAAGCCUGUCACUGAUUCGUCCAACAGCACUGGCUCCGCCUCCACCAUGGGAUCACUGUCACCGUUGGCCAAUCACAGAGCAGUGCAGGACGUGUCAGGUUCAACACGGAGACGGAGCUCACAUCGAAAAGUCUCGGAGCGGCCAAUGUCAGUGCAGGGACUGAUGAGGAAUCCUGACACUCCUCCACUUCCUCACUCCAGACACAGACUCAGUAACGGAAACGCUAACGGCUUCCACACACCAACUAACAGCACCUGCAGCACCCGCGCAGCCAGCCCAAACCUGCGUCUGGUCGACCUUGUGGAGAUCGAGAGAAAACUGAAGGAAGCUAGAGCGGAGAGAGAGAGACUGCUGAAGGAGAGGGAGGAGAGGAGAUGUCUCACUGUAGAGGACACACUUAACAAGCCAGACGACCUGAAUACACACACACACCUCCACACACAAACACACACAAACACCCACCCAGAGGAGGAGCCUGAGGAGAACCACACCCAGAACACACCUGAGCAGCACGGCGUCCCUCUCUUCCUCACGCCGAACUUUGACCUUCGGGCGCACGUGGAGAGUCUGGGGCACGGCGUGGCGGGGUGUCUGGGCGUUCGCUUGUUGCCGCGGCGAUGUUGCGGGUUCCUGACGAAGCGAGGCGGCCGGGUGAAGACGUGGAAGAGGAGGUGGUUCCUGUUCGACAUGGACCAUCGCAGACUGGCGUAUUACACCGAUCAGGACGAGAAGAAGCUGAAGGGUGUGAUCUACUUCCAGGCCAUAGAGGAAGUUUAUUACGAUCACCUCCGAACGGCGAACACGUCUCCGAGGCCGAGCCUGACGUUCUGUGUGAAGACGUACGAGCGCCUUUUUUUCCUCGUGGCUCCGAGUGCUGAGAGCAUGCGCAUCUGGAUGGACGUGAUCGUAACAGCAACAGAUGAACACAGCCGCUACUGACACUAUCAAUACAUACAUACACAAACGCCCACACACACACACACACACACACACACACACACACAUAGCGAGGAGACCGGGCGUGAACCAGGAGACGCUCACUCCGGCUGUGUGGAGAGACUCCGUAAUCAACCUUCAUUUCUCAGUAUAGGGGAAAAGGAACAUGUGGGAUUUGAUGCACCUGGCAGUUUACACACACACACACACACACACACACAAGUUUACUUCUGUUUUUACUCUCAGACACGAAUAUUAUUUUUGUACGACUGUAAGCAAUAACAUGUUUCAUCUUUAUCCACGAUACAGAGAUGUUGUAAAUGUUGCAGAAAGGUAAAGAAUGUUUAAUUGCACUUAUUGUCGAGUGUUUUCGCCUUUGAUCAGGUGAAGUGAAGUGUGGAGGACGAUCUCAAUCCAGUGUUUUAAUCUCAGUCAGGUUUAUGGGAAAAUGUCACUUAUAACAUGUUUAUAAGCGUUUAUAUGUUUAGGAUGCUGUCUCCUAACUGAGGGUGUGUUAUCUCUCUCUCUCUCUCUCUGUGGGAAACCUGCAUAAUUACAUUUCGUGUUCUAGCGUGUCCACUUCCUGUUCGUCCCUGUCUUACAGGACCUUCAACUUUACUGUGUCAAUGUGUAGGUCAAGAGGAGACUUUACCCAGAAAGCAUUGCUGCAGUUUGUGACGCAGCUUCCCUUUGAUAACAAUAAAGGGCGUGGUGAUAACAGUAGUGGAACCUGCUGCCAUCUAGGGUCCUUUUUAGGAACUGAUUAGAACUACACUACAUUUAACUCUCUACUGUAUUUAUUUAAUUUCAGGUUUGUUGUUAACAUUGAGGGGGAAAUGUUUAAUAGAAAAAAGGAAAUUAAGCA